GCGACGGUGCGGGCCCCGCCGGCCGUGCGCGCCCGCUGCCAUGGCUUUCCGUCGGAGGACGAAAAGUUACCCGCUCUUCAGCCAGGAGUUCGUCAUCCACAACCAUGCGGACAUCGGCUUCUGCUUGGUGCUCUGCGUCCUCAUCGGGCUUAUGUUCGAGGUCACAGCCAAGACUGCCUUUCUAUUUAUUUUACCUCAGUAUAACAUUAGCGUGCCUACAGCAGAUGGCGAGACGGUCCACUACCACUACGGCCCGAAGGACCUGGGCACCAUCUUGUUCUACGUUUUCAUCACCGUCAUCUUGCACGCCGUGGUUCAGGAGUACAUACUGGACAAAAUCAGCAAACGGCUUCAUCUCUCCAAGGUCAAACACAGCAAGUUCAAUGAGUCUGGACAGCUGGUCAUCUUUCAUCUCAGCUCAGUGGUGUGGUGCUUGUACGUGGUGGUGACGGAAGGAUACUUAACGAACCCAAGAAGCCUCUGGGAAGAUUACCCACACGUGUACCUCUCCUUCCAGGUGAAGUUUUUCUACCUGUGCCAGCUGGCCUACUGGCUGCACGCGUUUCCUGAGCUUUACUUCCAGAAGGUACGGAAGGAGGAAAUUCCCCGCCAGCUGCAGUAUAUUUCCCUGUAUCUGGUCCACGUAGCUGGAGCAUACCUCUUAAACCUGAGCCGCCUGGGCCUGAUCUUGCUGCUGCUGCAGUAUUCCACCGAGUUCCUCUUCCACAUGGCUCGACUCUUCUACUUUGCAGAUGAGAACAACGAGAAGCUGUUUAACGCCUGGGCGGCUGUGUUUGGGGUCACGCGCCUCUUCAUCCUCACCCUUGCCGUGCUGGCCAUUGGCUUCGGGCUGGCUCGCAUGGAAAACCAGAUGUUCGACCCCGAGAAGGGGAACUUCAACACCUUGCCUUGCAGGCUCUGCAUGCUGCUGCUGGUGUGCGCUGCCCAGGCCUGGCUCAUGUGGCGGUUCAUCCACUCCCAGCUGCGGCACUGGCGGGAGUACUGGAACGAGCAGAGCGCCAAGCGGAGAGGCCCAGCCGCCCCCAGGCUCCCAGCCAGGCUCCUCAAGAGGGAAUGUGGUUACCAUGAAAAUGGACUGGUGAAAGCAGAGAAUGGAACCUCCCCACGGACUAAGAAACUCAAGUCUCCCUAAGGCCAAAGUGUUGUGAACAGGAAUCCUCUUGGCGGGGCCCAGCAGGAUGGCACAAAGCCCGGCCCGAGCUGCCUCUCCACGUGCUCCUCACCACGCUCCGCCUAACACCUGAAGCCCGCCUCCGUCUCCACAGGGGUUCUCUCUGACUUCUUGCCUUCCUCUUCCUCCUCUACCACAAACCAUUCUCAGCAAAGCCAAAAAUCUCCCCCUCCCCCCUCCCUCUCCCUACCUCCCUCUCUCCCCUCCCCUCUCUCUCCCUCUCUCUCUCUCACCACCUCAUGGCCUCACCUCUGCCCAGUGUUGGCUUUUCCCAGGAUCCUCUAGCCCCAUGGUUGUCUCUCUGCUCACUCGCUUCUCUUCCUUCAUGACCGCUGCUUUUUCUCUUCACUUCCUGAUUUCGAUGUGCAAUUUCCCCGUGUCUGAUUUUUUACAAGGGGAGGGAGCUGAGAUUCCAGUCCUGCGCAUCAGCCCAGGACCUGUCAAUCAGCGUGCCUCGUGCCAAGGAGCUUCAGCGGGGGCCAGUGGCAGGCCCUUGGCGGUCCCUUGUGUGGACAGACAAGGGAAGGAGAGGCCAGCCCUCUUGGACCAUAGCCUUCUUGGUGCUGACCGACCGACAAGAUGUAGGAUUCUGUUUCCAUCCCAACUGACACAAUGUAGGAUUCUAUUUCCACCCACAACAUCCUGAGGCCACCCCAGCAGUCUCUGCUGUGUGAUGCCAAGGCGUUGGGCUUUGGAACAUGGUCACUUAACCCACGAGGACAGUGUUAAUUACCCAGAGUCCAGGACUCCCGAGAACUCACAUGCUGCAUUCUGACUGGCAGUGAGCCCGCCUGUGCCCUGGAGACAGGUCUUUCCACAGCGAGAGCACUCGGAGCUCCAGUAGGCUCUUCCAGAAAGCUCACCCAGACCUUAUUUCAGCCGCUGCCUGUGCUUUCUUCAGCCAUUCACCAGCUUUCAAAGCGAAACCAAACCAAAUCGCAGCUACAGACCUGCCUGAGAUGCGCAGUUCCCAGGUCCAGAACCAGCCUGCCCCACCAGGGCCACACUCGCUACCUUGACUUCAUGUCCCUCGCGGCAGAAGCACGAAGCCUCCAGGGGUCCAGCCCCGCGCCUUGCCCCGUCCCCCAGGGAGGACUCCCUGGCCACCCUGCGCCGGGCCUCAUUUGUCGAGUGUUCUCUGACGUUGUCAUUUGCUGAUAUUUGUUGACCACGUAGAGUCUGAAAUCCGGGGUGUCUCAGGAUCACCCUUCAGGUUGCCUGGGAAGACCCAGCCAUGUCUACAGGAGCCCUGUAACCCCCCCACACCCCCCACCUCCUCCAGGAUUCUUUCCUCUCAAGAUGAGGUCGCCAGGUCAUGAUAGUGCCUUGUGAGGCUUUCCAGAAGGGGAGGUGGGCUCUUGAGAGCCCUAACGAAGGACUCCUGAACACUGUGUGUUGAGACAAAGGGGAGCAGUUCUUGGUGGCACAGGAAAACUAAUGUCACCUCGUCCUCACCAGACAGACUUUGGGUUUUUAAUCCAAAAAAGGCAGCAUGGGUCAAGGCAGCUCCUCUUUUCCGAGUCUUACCAGUAACUGAGGAAUUUGUUUCUAAACAUGACAGUGUGAUUCUCUCUCUGUCCAGGAUCAGCGUACAGAAUAGGGAUAAACUCCCUGGGCUUUCUUCGGUGUGCUCGUAGGAAGCCAGGCAGCAGUUGUGAAGAGCGUAUUUCCCUGUCCUUCCCCGGGCCGCCCUGCAGACCUUGAGCCAUUGCUGCCCUGCCUUCCCGGGGUAGCUGAGCUGGCCUGGCCUGCCUGGUGCUGUGGUAGCUCCCAAGUACAGCCCAAUGGCUCAGAAGCCUCCCAGGGCCCUCCCCAAGGUGGGUCCAGGCUGAACCAUGGAGUUGUAGCUUUGAUGGAUGUUUGAGACAUGUGGGUGCGAGCUUGGAGAGGUCGCCACGGGCAGAGCAGUUGAGGACUUGGGCUCAGCAGAGCAUGUAAGGACAUUUUGUGGCUACAUCCCAGAACACUUGGGUUCUCACAGUCACCCUCUAUUGCCAGCUUCCUGGAUGUGGUACCAGGAGCUUAGUGGCUGCAAUCGAUGUAGUUUGUUUUUUGGUGGUUUUUUUUUUUUUUUUUUUUUUUAAGGACAGAAGUUUGGCUAGUGAUGGGAGUUAGUAAAAUCUUACUUGAUUUUAAAAGAAAAAGUGUGAGGCCAAUAAUAGUGACGUGUCACUGACCUGGCCUUGGGGGAUGCUUGGGGGCCUUAGAGGUAACUGUAGGGGACUUUGUUACACACAUACACACACACACACACACACAUCUUCCUGGAACGCUGUAUUGUAGCAAAGCUAAGACCUUGUCACGUUGCUGCCAGAAUUGCAGUCACUGAGUUUCGCGCCUUCCCGUGAGCAUGCUGGGCUAGCUGCUUGUGAUCUGGGCACUGGCUACACUUCGCUUGUGUGCAGACUUCCCUGUCCACGCAGUACCGAGGCCCCAGUGAAGGAUCAGCCCUGGUCCUCGGGGUUUAAGAGGCCGGCUCCACAGCUUCUGCCGAGAGCAGAUGUCCACCUCUACCUCAGUAGCUGCUGCCUCGACAUCCCUGAGUGGCGUUCUCUGGCGGGGGACACCAGCAGGUGCCAGUGGUUAGGAGCAGCCUGUGGAGGCUCCCCUGCUGCCAGCUGCCCCCUCCUCCUUGGAUGAUUGGUGAUGGCAAUAGCUUUCAUUAUUUUUGCCACACUGGCACGUCCUCCUUGCAUCUAGUCUGCGUGGCUGCUGCAAUGUCAUCUCUCUUGUCCCAAGGCAGAACUUUCCAGCACACACCUAGUAAACUAGACACCUGUGCUCUGACACCAUCACGAUGCUUCUCUUGCAUCCCCCGGGCUCUAAAGGCCCCGGGAGGUGGGGCCAAUUGUACAUCUAGGUUUUCUUUUGUGGCUUCUCAGUACCCUGCGGACUCCGGUACGUGGCAAAGAAGGAAAUGGUAGGAGCAGAGAGCACUUGCCUCCGGCAAGUCCAUUGUGCACAUGGGCUCCACAGAUGCCUAGAGGGCUUGCUACCCCCUGGGCACUGGGGAGGAGCUUGGUGUGGAUGCUGGUAUAGGCUUCAGCCUUCUCGGUUUGAUCGAGGCCUGGAAUGGGAGAAGGUAGAGCAGUUCAGUCAUGACUUCCUGCCUGAAGACCUCCAUGUCCCAGGCAGACAGACUUCCGUUCUAGAUCCCUUAGGGCUUCUGCUCUUCGCUGGUGGGGAGCGUCCUGGAGGCUUGGGAGUCAGGGCAGUGGGAUGAUCUUCCCUGUUCCUCAGCCUCCCGAGUUCACAGCCUCUUUGCACAGGAAGGGACUUGGGGAGCUGCUGGAGAGUGCAUUCAUUGGUUCUUUUGAAGACCUCGGUAGGAUCCCUCUCCAGCCCAUGGUUGGCCCUGGGAGGAAGCCAUUGCCAACUUCUCAGCCUUCAGCCUUCUAAGUAUUCACUCCCUCCCUGAGCUCUGACAAGACCCUGGAUCAGCACUGCUGUGAAGAAAAGUGUUCAGACUUCCUUGCUCAGUAACCCUGGCAGACUUGGUCCUUGCAGGACAAGCAGAUCCGCGCUCUUUUCUUUAAUUAGUGCCUUACGUUGCCGUGUGGCCUUCGCUGGUACUGGGUAGCCAGACCCCUACUGUCAGGGCUCUAGGGCUGAUGGGUGCCGAACCUUGGUACAGCCGCAUGCACAAGGGAUGUGGUCGACAGUUUGCCUCAUUUGUCUUGACACCACGCCCCUCCUCCCUUGCACUCAUGGCAGUAAGUGUGGUGUGUUCUCUGCUUGCUUCCUGGUCUCCCUGUCCCCUGUGCGGUGGCCCAGUAGCAGGAAGCCCUUGCCUCCUCCCUUCCCCCGUCCAUGGCCUCGCAUAGCAAGCUCUGCUCUCCAGUCUCACCACCACGCCGGCUUGGAAAACAGAACCCUUGCUCAGCCUCUUUCCGUGGCUUCCCUUCUGUUCAACCCAGAGCUCCCGUGAGGAAGGUGUCUCCUGGCUCUGAGGGUCAGCCUUGUUCGGCGGUGGGUGUGUCUGGUGACUGCCGAGGCAGAGGGAGCUCCUGGUUCAGGAUUCACGCUUGUCAGCAGCGCAGCCUCCUCCGUCCCCCUUUGCCUGCCUGUCCUGCUCUUCCGGGUUGUGCAAUAGCCCUCCCAGUCACUGGUUCUUCUCCACGGGCCUUUCUGUCCCUUAAGACAUGACCCACGGUAGCGGAGAGAGCGGACCCAUGGGAGGGCUGGUCAUCAUUCCUUACACAAGAAAUGUCAGCCGCUUUCCUCUCGUUGCUGUCAUUGUCAUGUUCCCCGCGUGGAAGUCGGCGUCCCUCUUGUAGAAUGGAUAGUAUCAUCAUAGACGUUCUUAGUAGUUUAAAAAGAAACCCUGUUAAAAAACAUUUUUUUAAAGCAAAAACACCCCCCUGAGGCUGGGACGCUGUCAGUGUCUGGGAACAAGAUCUGCUGUGGUGCUCAUGGUGGCAUUGUCACUCUGUAGCAAUUCAGUGUCCUGUUCCCGUGGAGAGGAAUGAGAUAACUUCUGAGAUCUGCCACAGUGGAGAGCCCUGUCCCCCGUUCCGCUGUUCCCUUGAGUACAGAUGCGUGUGUGACGUGUGACCAGAUGUAAACCUCACUUCUCAGUUCCUCUGUUUAAUAAACACCUGAAGGAUGAGCUGAGGCUGCUGGUGCCCUGAGCAACUCAAUGCAAUUAUGGACAAGUCGACUUUUUCUUUUUUUUUUUCUAUGUUAGCCUGUUCAUGUUACGGACCAAAUUUCAACCAAGAACUCAAGGAAAAUUUGUACCUGCCGUAUUUAUGCUUUCAUAUAAAAGGGUU